AUGCCGGGAGGAGAGUCAACGCGACGGUCAAGAAGAACAAAUCUAGGACAACCACCACGUCGACUCGGAGAAGAAGAAGAAACCUUGGAACAAGACAGCAACAGAACUGUUCGAUUUCGCGACGACAACCUCGAAGAAAUUAUCGACAACAGAACUGCCCAAGUUGAAAUGAAUCAAGGGCAAGGUGCACAACAGGGCGGGAGCAACUCUCUAACGGAAGAAUUGUUGUACAACGCCCUUGUUUUGGCUUACGACUCUGUGGAUCAAGAUCAAUUCAAAGCAUUCAUGGGAGUGAAGGACAACUCAGCCAUCCAACCCCACGAAGACCUUAUGUCAGAAGCCGAUGCAAAAUUCCUAGACCUGGACGAGAAGAAAGUAUGGAACGUCCCUUCACAAAGUCAACAAAUCAUGUCCUUAACGACACUAAUCUCCAAGGCAGAAAAGAAGACUAUCGAUGUCCAACGACAACUGGACAAGUCGAAACAGUCUCGCAAGGAAAAAUCCAAACGUAAACCUUCACCUGCUGAUGAAGCAGCCGACAGUGGCAAGAGACAGCGGCAAACCGACUUUGAUAGAUGGAUGGUUACCAAACCCAAGAAGGGAGAGGAGACCAAGGUGGUCCAAAAGAAAGGUCCAAAUGGACAAGUGAAAGGAUGGAACUGGUGCGACAAACACAAGAAAAUGGUCUUAGCGAUUGGACGAGAUGGGCGACCACACAAUUCGGAUACCUGUGCAUUGAGCAAGACACAGUCCAAUAGCAACCCAAAGCGAGCCAAGAAGCAACUUCGUGUCAACGCCCUCAAAGCAGCACUUGCGCUGGAAGACGAUAGUGCAUCUGAUAACGCAACAAGCAACAGUGACGAUACGGGCGAAUUCCCAACGAACGACGACGGAAGUAACGAGAACGAUUCAGAUAAUGACUCCUGA